CGUCGGCCAGAGAGCGGAUUGGCCCAUUUUAUUUUUAUUUUUAUUUUCUGUUUUUGUUUAAUGCAGAGCCACAAUCUCUCUCUCUCUCCCCAGUCGCUUCCUCUCGCCACAUAUCUGUCUCCACUCUCCCGGCUAGGGUCGCCGCCGCCUAGACGUUAGUUCACAAUUCACAGGUCUCCGCCUCGCCACGCAUCGCCUUAGAGCGGCCCGUACAAGCCGCCCGGCUCCUGAAACUGUAGAACUCGGUCGGUUUCAGCUUCAGCUUUAGCUUCAAUCAAGGGAUCGUGCUCUCAGCAAGGAAGAUCGCUAGCUAAAGACGGGGCCCACUGUCAUAAAAUUCUAAAUUUGUUUGUGAGCAUAAGAGUGAAAUGAAGAUUUGAAGAGCUGAAAAUGGAGGUAGCAGCAUCUUCUUCAGUCAGUCCCAGCAGGUAUUUUCUAUCCGUCUCCAGAUUAAGCCCUACGAAUAGAGGAUAUACUGUGAUAAACCAUAGUCGUGCAAUUCCUAAGUUUGUGAAAUUGUGCCAAGACCCCUUGAAAAGCAAAUAUUCACACUCAAGGUUAUGUCUGGCCUCCACGAAUGGGGGUAGCUUCAGGAAGCCCCUUAAAGGGGUUGUUGAAGGUGAUGGGAUAGUCAUUGUUGAUCAUGGCUCACGCCGCAAGGAAUCUAACCUUUUGCUGAAUGAUUUUGUUGUCAUGUUCAAGGAAAAAACUAAAUAUCCAAUUGUGGAGCCUGCUCACAUGGAACUGGCUGAGCCAUCAAUCAAGGAUGCUUUUAAUUCAUGCGUACAGAAAGGGGCGAAACGUGUUAUUGUUAGCCCUUUUUUCCUGUUCCCUGGAAGACACUGGCACCAGGAUAUUCCUUCUCUAACAGCUGAAGCUGCAAAGGAACAUCCAGGGAUAACAUAUGUCAUUACUGCCCCUCUUGGUUUACAUGAGCUGCUUGUGGAUGUGAUGAAUGACAGAAUCACUUAUUGCUUGAGCCAUGUUUCUGGUGAAGUAGAUGAGUGCUCAGUAUGUGCUGGAACAGGAAAAUGCCGUCUUCAAGAUUAGUCGAACACUUUUUUUUUAACACCAGGAACACACUUGCAGUCCUUUCCCAGCCCUGCCCAUAUAUGCCAUAACCCGAUUUUUGUUGUGGCUGGAUUAAGUGCUCGAGAACUGCCAAUUCUUCUGUAUUAACCCAGUGAAUGCAGUUUACAGGACAAGAAGCAACUGAUAUCUGUCAGAUAGCAAAACCCCCUUUCUUAUCAAUAAAAAUUACUGUAGAAAAAUACUGUAAGACUCAGAAGAAUGUAUGCAUAAGAUCUUGCCCAAAAAAAAAAAAGAAUGAAAGAAGAAAUUCUGCAAAAUUUUAAUCCAAAUCAAGGAACAUUUGCUUGACUUGUUGAAAUCAAUAACUAGCAAAGAACACCUCUAUUUUCUCAUAAUCAUCGCCAUACUGAACUUUGACUCUUGCUGCUCCAAGAACCUCAUCCAUUAUGAAUGUGUUGCUUGCUUGGUACACACAUUCUCUACAACCUGAAAUAUUUCAGAGCUUCACUUCAAUUUACCGUGAUUUUCCACUCCAACCUCUAGAAAACUUUAACAUUUCAAUUUUGUUUUUAUUUUUUUUUUACCUAUACAGGCAUUUUCAUCAACAAACAGAGCUUCAGGCCUCAAAGGACCUUUCCAUUUGCUGCCAACACCAACACUUAGUUUACCAAUUGAUGAGUCAUAUUCUUUUCUCUUAUCACUCAUGAGCACUUUGUAAGCUUUGUUUAGCAUCAAUGUGCUCUCAUGGCCCUGAAACUCAGAUUAUACAUACUUUCUCUAACAAGAUCUUUAAUGAAAAAAAGCUACGCAAAAUUUAGAUCAAACACGGAAAAAAAAAAUCCACGACCUUUUCCCCAGCAAUAUCUGGGUGGUGUUUUUUCUGCAGUUUUCUGUAUGCAUCUUUGAUUUCUUGAAGGCUUGCGCCACUCGAAACUCCCAGCAACUCGUAGUAAUUUUGGUUUUGAUCGCUUAAUUUGUCACGAACACAACGGACCAAAACUGGUUUCUGUUUCCUGUUCAGUUAAAAAAAAAAGAUUGGAUUUUUUUUCUUUUCAUUUUUGUGACUUGAGGAACAAUGUAUAAUGGAAAAUGAAGAUUUUUUUUUUUUUUU